AGGUUUACAUUAAAUUAAACAAAAAUAAUAAUACAAUGAAAGAAUCCAUCUCACUUUUUUGAUUGAUUUAAAGACACGAGAGGUUCACCCUUAACAUCCAGUCACAUCAUUUUGCUAACCCAUUUCAUUUCUUAUUACAACUUCUCGUCAACUUCUUCCUCCUCUCCCUCACUCUCUUCGCUUCCUCAAUCUUUAGCUUUAUUGAUCAUUAUUUCGAUCUACAUGCUUGUUUUGUUCGAGUUUUCAUAUCCAUCAAUCAAAUUAUAAUCCUCGUUCUUCGCUUUCGAUUUGAGUUAGGUCUCCGUGGCUACUCUAUCUUUCAAAAUUAAUACACCGUAAAUCAAAUUUAAUAAAAACCCUUCAAAUUAUGUAACUUAAGUUUAUAUCUUCUAUUUGAUCUUACCAAAAAAAAACCCAAAAAAAUAUUUUUCUUUUGAUUAUCAUCUUGACAUUAUGAUUAUGUCUAUCUAGCUCUAAGUCGCUUUUAUCUUAUUUUCAUUGUUGUUCGCGGUGGCUAGCAUUCAAACGAAGCCUUAAACAAAAUUUUAUAAAAACCUUCAAAUUAUGUAAAUUUAAACCCACAAUCCUUUAGUUUUCCAUCACCCAAAAAAAAAAAAAAAAAAAAAAAAAAAAAAAAUCCACCAAAAAAAAAACACACACACUAUGAACCCUCAAGCCGAGCCACCGGCGGAAGUGUCGUUAUCGGUGCCUCCGACACCGGAAGGAACACCGGCGCCGUUGAUAUCGAGUCGGCGAGUUGACUCACUGUCGUACGAGCGAUCUUCGAUGCCAAGGUGCAACUGUUUUCCGGAUGGCCCGUUGGGAUUCGGGUCGGGCCCAGCUUGCUUCACUGAUUUUAAAGUUCCCGACGUCACCCUCACCCGAAAGCUUGUUGCAGAGUUUGUGGGAACUUUCAUCCUAAUCUUCGCGGCAACAGCUGGUCCCAUUGUAAACGAGAAGUACAAUGGUGCAGAGACAUUGAUAGGAAAUGCUGCUUGCGCCGGACUAGCAGUCAUGAUCAUAAUUCUAUCAACAGGUCACAUAUCAGGAGCUCACUUGAACCCGUCUCUCACCAUCGCCUUUGCAGCUCUUCGCCAUUUCCCAUGGGUCCAAGUUCCUGCCUAUAUUGCAGCUCAAGUUGCUGCUUCGAUCCUGGCUUCUCUCGCCCUCAAGGGUGUCUUUCACCCGUUCAUGUCAGGUGGAGUUACAGUUCCUUCAGUGGGUACUGGACAAGCGUUUGCCCUGGAAUUCCUUAUUACCUUCAACCUCAUGUUUGUUGUCACUGCUGUUGCUACUGACACUCGAGCAGUUGGGGAACUAGCUGGUAUUGCAGUUGGAGCCACAGUUAUGCUGAACAUUCUUGUUGCAGGUCCAUCAAGUGGUGCGUCGAUGAAUCCUGUGAGGACUCUAGGCCCGGCAGUUGCAGCAGGAAACUAUAAAGAAGUGUGGAUAUACUUGGUAGCGCCAACUCUUGGUGCUCUUGGAGGAGCAGCAAUCUACAAGCUAGUGCAGCUUCAGGAGCAUGAGGUUGAGCCAGCACGCCCUAUCAGAAGCUUUCGCCGCUAGUUGAACCUUGAAUUAUUGUGCACCUCUACGGCCUGGCCUCCUGCCGUGUUAAUACUACCCCAAAGGAACAUUUGUGCCAUGAAACUUUGAAGCAUUAUAAAUUGACUAAGGAUGACAAAAACUUGCUAUGUCUUACUUAGUGCUAUUGUUGGCCAUCUACAUUUCUUUAAGGCCUUUAAUUUUCUUUUAUGUGCAUGUGUAUUAAAAAUGUGGUGUGGGUUGGUUUGUAAUUGUACAACAGUGUUUGUAAUUGUAAUGUGUUGCACAUUUAUAACAUAAAAUGGUAAUAUAAACUUUUUUAUACGUACA